AUGAUCGCCAUCAGGUUCUGGAGAGCUCUUGCACUCAUCCCUUUGUUGACAUCUGCUGCACUUGGUGGAGGAGGAGGCGUCCAUUACUCAAAACUCGGCAACCGACCUCAAUGCACCGUCCUCGCCAAUGGAGGUACCACCAACGAUGUCCCCAACAUCCUCAAAGCAUUUGAUAAAUGUGGUUAUGGAGGCGACAUUAUAUUUCCUCAAGGGCAGAAUUACUACAUCGCUUCAAAGCUCAAUCCUAUCGUUGAAGACGUGAAUAUCAAUUGGGGAGGCAUCUGGACUUUUUCUCCUGAUAUCGACUAUUGGAGACAGAAUAGUUCUACCUAUCCAAUUGCGUUCCAGAACCACGCUGCUUCGUUCAUCCUGACCGGCGACCAUAUACGCAUCAAUGGGUAUGGAACAGGAGGAAUACACGGAAAUGGUGAUAUCUGGUACACGGCAGAAGCAGGACACACCUUGCCUGGGCGACCAAUGCCGUUCGUCCUCUGGAACGUCUCGGACGUGACGCUGAAGAAAUUCUUCGUCAUCGACCCGCCACUCUGGUCGUUCAACAUAAUGAAUGGUACAGAUGUAUGGGUGGACGAGUUAUACUGUAACGCGACUGCAACAAAAGCCAAUGCAAGUCAGAACUGGGUGCAAAACACAGAUGGAUUUGAUACAAUGGACUCGAAGAACAUUCGUCUGACGAAUUUUGUCUAUCAAGGGGGUGAUGACUGCAUCGCGAUCAAACCCAGGUCUUCCAACAUUUUUGUCCAGAACGCUACCUGCAGAGGUGGAAAUGGUAUGGCCAUUGGCAGUGUGGGACAAUACCUCGAGGACAACACGGUCGAGAACGUGGUCGUGGACGAUGUGAAGAUCAUUCGAUGGAACGAAGACAUGCAUGGCUCGGUGCUGAUCAAGACGUGGGUUGGAGCCUUGGUUCCACAAGAUCCAUCGGCGAAUGGCUUCUAUGAAAACGCCGGACAACCACGAGGAGGAGGGUGGGGAUCUGUCCGCAACGUUGUCUUCUCAAACUUCCAAGUCGAGGGCGCAGAUGCAGGGCCGACCAUCAGUCAGAACUCUGGCGACAAUGGCAGCUACGCAGGGACGAGCUUGAUGGAUGUGAGUAACAUUGCUUUCGCCAAUUUCACGGGUUGGCUGUCGGGCAAAGAGUCGAAGAACCGCACAGCGAGCGUCAGUUGCUCGAAGGUACACCCGUGCUUCAACAUCAGUUUCGACAAUGUCACGCUGACGACGGCGGAGAGGUCGACGAGCACAGGGACUGGCAGUUGUAGCUAUGUCUCGGCUGGAGGAGUGCAUGGCCUGUCGGGAAGUGGUUGCUCGUAG